AUGCCCAAUGUCUUCCAUUUUCAAAGGGUUAUCUUCUCAAACUUAUUCAAGACCUCGUCACACCGUUCGAUUCGAAGACAAGUCGUUCAAUUUGUGAGGAAAUUUGAUGGCGCGAAAAAUCGUGGAUUGCUCAACAAAUUCUUGUUUGGAAAAUCAUUGGCGUUGGUUGGAUUGACUCUGCGGUAAGUCUAGACCGUACCUUCUUUUAUCUUCUGUGUUUAGGCAAGCGGAAUGUCGCGCAAAAGUGUCGAAAAGUCUUCGAAGCGAAGGCCAACGUCUGCCAGCACCUGAAGUUAGCUGGAAGGAGCUUUUCCGGUUGAUCCGGCCCUAUCUUCAUUGGCUUUUGACGGCUAUCGCGGUGAGUGCAGCUUUCUAGAGCUGUUGAAAACUUGUUUGCUUCGGUUUAGAUCAUUGGGAGAUUAGGAAUUGACUUUUGGCCUACUACAGGGUGUUUCAAGAAAUUCCCCGGAAAGUAAUCGUCGAUUUCUCGGCGCUCAGUCAAGAUAUCCAAAAAAAUUCUUUUGCAUAAUAAAGAAGAAUAUGGGCGGUUUUUUGCCUAUGAAAAUCAUUUUCUCCGCCAACGCGGAAAGCAGUGUAUUCGGCGGAGACUUUUGGGCACUUUUUUGGUCAUCACACCCAUCUUAAACGCUUUUUUAUGGUUUCUGAUGGUUGAAAUGAGGAUUGUUUGCUGAUUUUUGCGUUUAUCAAGCGUUCACUGAAGGUACGGCAGCUGCUCGUCGUAUCUUAACUCAGCUAUGGACAAGAAAUAGCCCAACACAAUUCCUAUGGUUUGGCAAGCAUUCUCUGCAGGUGUCGUAAACCCUCAAAAAUCUUGUCGCCAAGCCUUGUGACAACGUUUAGCCAUCGAGAAACAACUUGGUUCACUGGAAAACAACAGAAUAUUUUUUUUAAAAUUUCUCUUUGCCAUGCUGUUUCGAAAAUCCGCACGGUGCGCUCCGACUUUAUCGACGUUGCAGCGACUGCAUUGCACCGUGCAGUUGCUUAAUUGGAUCGCAUAGCAUUGUAGCCGGCCAUUUUAUCCAUUGUGCAAAAAAUUUGAAGACUUUCUGGAUGCCUAAGUGUCGCAAUAAAGCAUUAAAAAUUCGUGUGAUAACCAAAAAAGCGUCCAAAGGUCUCCGCCGAAUACACUGCUUUCCGCGUUGGCGGAGAAAAUGAUUUUAAUAGGCAAAAAACCGCCCAUAUUCUUCUUUAUUAUGCGAAAGAUUUUUUUUGGAGAUCUUGACUGAGCGCCGAGAAAUCGACGAUUACUUUCCGGGGAAUUUCUUGAAACACCCCGUAUAAUAUAAUUUUUUCCAGUUUUUAGGCGGCGGUUUUAGUCGCCAUUUUGAAUGUCCGCAUCCCUCUCCAACUUGGCCAACUUGUCAAUGCGAUCAGCAACUUCCUUGGCAACAAGGAUCCCCAGCAUUUCCAGCACAUCAACCGAGCUGCCAUUAAUUUACUGACCUCUUACAUUGGACAAGCCGUUUUCACCUUCGGAUACAUCUCAUUUCUCUCGAUUAUGGGCGAGAAAAUGGCCGCGGAUCUACGAGUAACCCUUUUCCAACAUCUUUUGCAAAUGCCAAUGUCUUUUUAUGACAAACGAAAGGUUUCGGAUCUAAGUGAACGUCUAAAUUUUGAUGUUCAAGAGUUUAAAAGUAGUUUUAAGCUGUGUGUCUCGCAAGGAUUACGGACUUCAACACAGGUAGGACAUUUUGAAUUGUUUUUCUUUGAUUUUUAGGCUGUUUGGAUCAUCUUCGACCAUAUUUUUGGUAUUCACGACCUUGUUUUAGAUCGGCGGAUGUCUUAUUUCGUUGUAUCUGAUCUCCCCAUCCCUAACGCUCGCUACGGCCGGACUUUUGCCGAUUGUAAUUUUGGUUGGGACAGCGUGGGGGUCGGCGUUACGGCAUUUGAGCAACAGAUCGCAGCAACAGACCUCCAUGGCGAACGCUUUGGCCGACGAGGCCUUGUACAAUAUCCGGACAGUCAAAAGUUUCAACACCGAGAACUAUGAGACUGAGUAGGUGAUUUGCAUUAUUGUUCCUUCAUUUUUAGACUCUAUGCUGCGGAAUUACGGAAGGCCGAAGCUUUGAGCAUCGCUCUUGGCCAUGGAAUUGGCGCCUUCCAAGCGGCUUCGAAUAUAUUUUUGAAUGGAGUGGUACUCGGAGUCCUUUAUGGCGGCACGAAGUUGAUGCUCACGACCUCGGAGCUCUCCGCCGGAGAUCUCAUGUCCUUCUUGGUGGCGGCUCAAACCAUUCAGAAAAGUUUGACCCAGCUUUCUGUCGUUUUUGGCGCCGCAAUCAAGGGAUUUCAGAGUUUGGGCCGCAGUUUGGAGGUAAAUUUAUAUUUUUUUAGCUCUGAAAAAGUCUUAUUUUUACAGUAUCUUCGAGUGGACCCAGAGAGACCAACGGGCCGGCAGAAAAUCCCUUUCCAUUCACUGGCUGGCGAUGUUGUACUGGAGAAGGUCAACUUUUCCUAUGAAACUCGUCCAGAUGUCCGAGUUCUCGACGAUUUGAGUCUCCGCAUUCCUGCAGCUCACACCACCGCCCUUUGUGGACCUUCAGGCUCGGGGAAGUCGACAAUUACGGCACUUCUAUUACAUCUGUAUAAACCAACAAGUGGGGGGAUAUACUUGGAUGGGAAAAAAUACGAAGAUUUGAGUGAUGAAUGGCUUAGAAGCAGUGCAAUUGGCAUCAUCUCACAGGUAAUGGGAUGUUUCGGGGUUGGAAAGGGUUUAAAGUCGGCGAAAAUUGUUUUAGACAGCAAAAAAUUCAGAAAAUUCGAUAAAAAAGAUGAUUUUCAGCCGAAAUUUUUUUUUUAUUUGUAAGGCUUAAAAUGAAGUCGGAAGUCCAGAAUGGCCCUUAUAAUUGCAGGGGAGAUUAUUAAACAACGCUAUUCAGCACAAAAUUUGGCCUUUUGGUUAAAAAUUUUAUAUUAAUUUACCUUAUUUUAGGAGCCCACCUUGUUCUCGACGACGAUCGAAGAAAACAUUCGAUACGGCCGACCCUCUGCAACCUUUGAGGAGAUCCGUGAAGCUGCUAGAUUGGCGAACGCCGACUCCUUCAUAUCCGCCUUCCCCGAGGGCUAUAACACCAGGGUUGGCGAGCGCGGCGCCCAACUCAGUGGAGGCCAAAAACAACGGAUCGCCAUUGCCAGGGCACUCCUCAAAAACCCACCGAUUUUGAUCCUAGAUGAGGCGACGAGCGCCCUGGACAAUGAGUCCGAAGCCCUGGUUCAGGACGCGUUGGCCAAAGCGAUGAUCAACAGAACGGUCCUGGUCAUUGCCCAUCGGUUGUCCACCAUCCAAAAUGCCGAUAAAAUUUGUGUUCUGAAGGAUGGAAAAAUGGUUGAGGCAAGUAAUUUUGGGUGUUUAGAGAGCAGUAAAGUUAGUUUCAUCAAGAAAAAUUUGAUUUUUGAUCAAUUUUUGCCUAAAAUAAGGUAAAUUUUGAUCAAAAAAAUCUUGAAUACCGAUAAAAUUUUUGGUUGGGGCAAGUAAUUCUGGGAGUUUAGAGAGCUGUAAAAUUAGUUUUCAUCAAAAAAAUUUUGAUUUUGAUCGUUUUUUUGCCUAAAAUAAGGUAAAUUUUGAUCAAAAAAAAUCUUGAAUUCCGAUAAAAUUUGUUAUCUAAAAGAUGGAAAAAUGGUUGAGGCAAGUAAUUUUGGGAGGUUAGAGAGCUGUAAAACUAUUUUUCUUCAAAAAAAUUUCGAUUUUGAUCGUUUUUUUACCCUAAAAUAAGGUAAAUUUUGAUCAAAAAAAUCUUGAAUACCGAUAAAAUUUUUGGUUGGGGCAAGUAAUUCUGGGAGUUUAGAGAGUUGUAAAGUUAUUUUUCAUCAAAAAAAUUUUGAUUUUGAUCGUUUUUUUUGCCUAAAAUAAGGUAAAUUUUGAUCAAAAAAAAUCUUGAAUUCCGAUAAAAUUUUUGGUUGAGGCAAGUAAUUCUGGGAGUUUAGGGAGCUGUAAAAUUGUUUUUCAUCAAAAAAAAAACUGAUUUUUAUCGUUUUUUUACCUAAAAUAAGGUAAAUUUUGAUCAAAAAAAAUCUUGAAUGCCGAUAAAAUUUGUGUUCUAAAAGAUCGAAAAAUGGUUGAGGCAAGUAAUUUUGGGGGUUUAGAGAGCUGUAAAGUUAGUUUUCAUCAAAAAAUUUUGAUUUUGAUAGUUUUUUUGCCUAAAAUAAGGUAAAUUUUGGCAAAAAAUCAUCAUUUUUUAAUUUUUUCUCAAAUUUUAUUGCUCUUAUUUUUAGGAAGGCACCCAUUCCGAGCUCCUCAAGAAGAAAGGAGUAUAUUCCAAGCUGGUCGAAUCCUCCAAAGGCCACAAUGGAGUACUAGAUUAA